AGAAGACGCUGUUCUCGCGAGAUUUCUUUUAAUCCCGUGAUUUAGUUUUCAAACAUGGCUUCCGAGGCAGAGGCGGGCGCCGCAUCUGUUGUUAAAGGAGAAUCUGCGGAAAGAGAUGCAUCAUUAGGAGAUCUAACAGCAAGUAUGGAGUCUGAGUCUUCUAGUGGAAAAGAUCCUGCGGUGGGUGAGGGCACCGAGGGCACCGACACUCACACGGGGUCAGGAGAUGAGGAGAAUGGACGACAGCUGGGUGAAAUAGAGCUACAGUGUGCGCUGUGCAUGAAGUGGUUCACGGCAGACACGUUUGGCAUUGACACUACAACCUGCCUUCCAUUCAUGACCAAUUAUGUGUUUCACUGCAACGUGUGUCAUCAUAGCGGAAAUACGUACUUCCUGAGAAAACAAGCGAACCUGAAGGAGAUGUGCCUUACAGCCCUGGCUAAUCUGACAUGGUCACGGACUAGAGAAGAGCAUCCAAAGACCAUGUUUUCCAAAGAUAAGGAUAUUAUUCCCUUCAUUGAUAAGUACUGGGAGUGUAUGACAACUCGGCAGAGACCAGGAAAGCUGACAUGGCCGAAUAAUAUUGUAAAGACCAUGAGUAAAGAGCGUGAUGUGUUCCUUGUGAAGGAACAUCCUGACCCUGGCAGUAAAGAUCCUGAGGAAGAAUACCCCAAGUUUGGUUUGCUUGAUCAGGACUUGGCCAAUAUCGGACCAUCUUACGACAGCCAAAAGCAAACAACCACUGUUACAACAGGAGGCAGUCUAAAUGGUGGAUCAUCCUUUUCAGGUGGCCUUCCUCCACCUGGUACAGGUAAAGGCCGGGGCGCCAAGCGCAAGCAGCAACAGCAGCAGGAUGGAGCUGCUGCAGGAACAGCGAAGAGGACACGCAGUGAUCCUCUAUUUUCAGCACAGCGCCUACCUCCUCACGGUUAUCCUCUUGAGCAUCCAUUUAACAAAGAUGGGUAUCGCUACAUCCUGGCUGAGCCAGACCCGCAUGCACCCGACCCAGAGAAGCUGGAGCUGGAUUGUUGGGCUGGAAAGCCCAUCCCCGGAGACCUGUACCGAGCGUGUCUUUAUGAGAGAGUGCUGCUCGCCCUGCACGAUCGAGCUCCCCAGCUGAAGAUCUCUGACGAUCGUCUGACUGUGACUGGAGAAAAAGGCUACUCAAUGGUGCGAGCCUCUCAUGGGGUACGAAAGGGGGCAUGGUACUUUGAGGUGACAAUAGAUGAGAUGCCGGCUGACACCGCUGCCCGUCUUGGCUGGUCCCAGCCUUUAGGGAAUCUUCAGGCUCCUCUGGGCUACGAUAAGUUCAGCUAUUCGUGGCGCAGUAAAAAGGGCACACGCUUCCAUCAGUCCAUUGGGAAACAUUACUCUGAUAGCUACGGACAGGGAGACAUCUUGGGCUUCUUCAUCGAGAUACCAGACAAUACCGAGACUGCAAGGGCACUGCCAGACACGUACAAGGACAAAGCACUGAUUAAAUUUAAAAGCUACCUCUACUUUGAGGAGAAGGAUUAUGUGGAUAAGGCAGAGAAGAGCUUAAAGGCAAUGAAUAAAAGUCGAAUGAUUUUUUACAAGAACGGCAUGAAUCAGGGGGUGGCUUUUGAGAACCUGUAUGAGGGCAUGUAUUUUCCUGCCAUAUCGCUUUACAAAAAUUGUCAGAUAUCGGUUAAUUUUGGACCACAUUUCAGAUACCCACCAAAAGAUGUCAAGUUUCAGCCAAUGAGUGAUAUGGGCUGGGGUGCAGUGAUCGAGCAUUCCCUCGCAGACAUCCUUUACCAUGUGGAGACAGAGGUCGAUGGCCGGCGCAGCCCUCCAUGGGAAGGCUAAAUGCUGUUUUCUGCAGCUACAUGCAUCAAAGGAAGUGCUUUUCCCCCAAAUAAUGUCUGUCUGCUCGAUCUGUAGCAUGUGGCCACGUUUUCUGGUAUUAAGAAAAAAAAAUUAAGAACUCCUUUCCAUUAAAGUCGUAAUUCAUGCAUAUUAUAGCUGUAAGAGUUCAUAAACGAGUAUGCGUAUAGAAUAUGCAUACUCGCUUAUUAACUCUUCCACCCCAAAACAUCUGUCUGUGACCUAAAUUUAUAAAUAAGGUUUGAUGGGGUUCAUGGUAUUUAUUUUUCUUAGUAAAAUGAAACGUGCCUGUUCCUGUCCAUGGUUUUUGCGCAUACAUUACAGAUGCAAUAGAUAGAGAUUAUAUUGAAAAAUGCUGGUCUGUUUCUUUAAUGUGAAGCCCAAACAUCAUUUCCUGUGGAGCGAUUUCAUGUUUUCAUUUGUAAGUGAUUCUUGUUGCACACAAGAAGUUUUAGAGAAAUGUAAGGCUCUGACAAAUAUCUAGCAAGCAAGACGUCUUGGUUGCCAGUUACACUGUUAAACUGCGAUGCUAGAUCUAUAUUCAUCAAUGGUUAAGCAUUUGUGAGUCAGAAUGCAACUUGCACCUGUUAUCCAGUGUGUAUUGUUAUGAAACACAAACAAAAAAUUGUAUUACAUCAGUACCAAGGGUUGUGGCUGUGUGCCUUUGUUUUAAAGCUCAUUGUACAUAAAACAGUGACCUGAAUAGAGUAUAGUUGGGUUUAUAAUGGUCCAACAAUAGCAAAAUCUCUUCUGUUGUAUAUCUGACACCAGAAAUAACAGGCCAUAGAUAUAGUUCUUGUCCUUUCUUUGAGUGCUGUUUUCUGGUUUGUUUUUUCUUCCUUUAGUAAAUUCCUUAACAGUUGUUCACACAGGUGUAAUGUAUGAUUUUAUUGUUUUUCAGUAUCCCUAAAACUUGUUUUAUACUGAGCCUCGUUUUAAUAAAAUUCCACAUUCUAAGA